AUGUAUUGGAUGCCAAAGUUUAAAGGAAUGAACCCCCACUAUGUUCCCCCUCUUCCUAAAGAACACGUCAAAUCAGAUCACUUCCAGCUCACCUUGGCCAGAGUCGCUCUAAAAAGAAUGUCGUUUGACAUCGAAGCAGUUAUUUCUUGCCACAAACUAAGGAGUCAGCCAAAUUCUCUGUUCAUAGUCUCCUCACAAAGUCCACUGCAGAAAGAGCUGAUAGAAAAGGCUCCAGCUUGUUCCCAGUUCUGUAUUUCUGGGCCGUUCAAAAGUUUUUUGAGAAAACAUAUGCUUAGCUAUUACGUGUUGGGGUAUAGGACUGAUGCAACUGGUAGAGUGGAGAAUUCGGACGAAAAUUUGUUUAAUUUUUACUUUGAAAGUGAAGAAGAUAGGAAAAAACUAAAACCUGUAAAAACAAUACAUGAACAAGAUGAUGAAACAAUCCUGGCACUGUGUAUUUUGGUAGGAAAUGAAUUGGAUUUUGGAUCCACUCUCAGUGGGUGGCUGACCUAUUUACAGGAGGAAAAUCCAAGUUUAGUUUCCAGACAAGUGAAUAUACGUCUGUCUGAAUAA